AUGCUUCGAAUGCUGCUUUUCCUACUUCUUCGGAUACUGUUCUUACCUAGGAUUAAAUGCAAUUCAAAUGACGCCUACGUUUCGUUGAACGCGUCGGUGGACAGUUCACUUACACUUUAUGUUAAUCUGACACUCCAAAACUUCAUUGAAAAUGAACCUCAAGGAUCAAUUACUGGAUAUAGCAUAUACUUUACCGAUGAUGGUUCUUUACCUACAGAGGACUAUAAACGAGGUUGGAAGCAUAUUGAAGUUCUACAUCCGUACUCGAAGUUGGACUUCAGGAUACGAAAGCAAGAGUACGGUAUACGUCCGAAUACUCUUUAUCGUUUGAUGGCAACAGUGUUCAUCAAUGAGGUUGAGGGUAAACCAUCUGAAAUAGUCCAGUUGAACACUAAAGCAGCAGCGUAUAAAGCUCCGGUGAUAAAGUCUUCGAACGUUCUAAUAAACAGUAGUGUUAUCAUACAAUUUGUUCCGGCGGAAGAUGUACCACUUGUGACGAACUACACUCUACAAUACAGAGAACUGAAUGAAGCUGAUUGGCAAGAGAUAUUCUUCAUAUCUGAUAACAACAGUCGAUUUUUACUAGAGGGCCUAUCUAGUAAUCGUACUUAUGCUGCUCGUUUGUUUGCUACAGGUGAAGCCGUUCAAGGUACACCGUCUAGAGAAAUUCACUUUAGUACAGAAGACAGUGCUGAAUUACCUUCUAUUGAACUGUCUCCUAUGCCAGUGCUGGAGCUAGAUCCAGACAUCUCAACAUCAGCUAAAGCAUCUUGUACUUCUAAGUCUGCUCCAACGCCCCCCAGCAUCCAGUGGACUGUUAAUGGAGAAUCAUUGCAUUUGGACCAUUCAUUCUACACAGUUACUUCUGUUGUACAUGGUUUGAAAACUACAUCUGUCAUUCUUGCAAAGUCUAGAACAAGAUCAGACACUUUAACUUGUAUCGCUAGUAACUCGGCUGGUUCUGUUGAGAAGAGUGUAGAUAUAAAGAUUCGUGGACCUGGUAGUCCACCUUCCUCAAUCAUAUUAUCUGUGGAUAAAGGUUCUUAUACUGUCAGCUGGCAGCCACCAUCACAUCCUAAUGGAGAGAUAAAGAAGUACGUUGUAUAUCACUCACUGAAUAAGGAUGAACCCCUAUCGGACUGGCACAAGAUUGAUCUUGAUGGUACUGAACGGAAAGUGAAAAUUUUUUCUGAUGGAAGUGACGCAUUUUAUGUUCGCGUUCAAGCCGCUUCAGACUUAGGGCCCGGUAUUAUCUCUGACGUUGUAGCAAUAGAGAGUGACACAGUACCAAUAGCUGUUUCUCUCUCCAUAAAGAAUCCUCAUCAAUUAGAACCAGGCCAAAACAUAACUGUUUCAUGCUUUGCCAAAGGAUUCCCCAGGCCAACACUUCAGUUUGCUUUAUCAGAUCAAGAGAACCCUUUGAAGAUUGAGGAUGACGUAUGGUAUCCACUGAAGUAUGGAGUUGUUGCUGAUCAAGUGAUGGCCAGUAUUGAUGUUUCUUUGAUUUCCUCCAAAUAUCUGCAUUGUCGUGCUAAGAAUUCAGCUGGUGUGAAUUCCUCAUCAGUUCAUUUCAUUGUUGACAAGCCUGGAGACUGUCCUAGAAAUCUACAGAUUCUUUCAAUCGACUCGAAAGAUAUUGUUGUAGUUUGGGAGGAGCCGUUAUAUCCUAACAAGGGGAUAGACGAGUAUGAAGUCUUCCUGAUCGAUUCGACUGUUGAAAAUGAUGAAGAACCUGUAAUGUAUCAAGCAACGAAUAGAGCUGGUUUACCCAUCAAACGUCUUUCAAUAGCCAGCAAAGAUUUAAAGCCAUCAACAAUGUAUCAAAUCCGAGUACGCGCUCUGAAUGAAGCUGGCCGUGGCCCCUUGUCUCCACCGGUAUCUUUCGUAACUCCAAACGGAGGUCCUGAAGCAAUGCCUAGUGAUGUAAAAGUCGAGAUCGAUGAAGCGAACACAGCUGUACUUACGUGGUCUCCACCUAACUGUACAACUCCUGUUUUGGCUUUCUCGAUAUACUUCACAAGAGAUCUGGGACAAUCCAAUGAUGAUUACAGAGAAUGGCAAACAGUUGAUGUUCCUGGAGAUGUUCAUAGAUUAAAAAUGGAUUAUCACUUGGGACUGAAGCCCAAAACUUUCUACCGCGUCAGAGUAGCAGCGAAAAAUGAUGUUGCCGAAGGGCCUGUCAGCGUUACAGUUGAAUUUGAAACUGCCCUAUCAUCUCUUCCUAUCCCAACCGAUGUCGUUGCAACAGUAGAAGAAGAUAACACACUACACAUAACUUUCCCAGCUGUGAGAGAUCCAGAUGAUCAUACAACGGCUAUUCAAAAUUAUAAAGUUGAAAUGUUGGAGAGUGAACAGAUAGUGCCUGGUAAAUGGCAAAUCACUCAUGUCGAUACAAAAACAGUCGAUGAUGUACAUAUGACCGUGUCACUUUCACUUGAUGGUCAUCAUCUACUACCCAACACAAUGUAUUGGAUUCGAAUUACUGUUCAAUUGGAUAAUCCAUCACGAUUGGUUCAGGCUUCAAAGCCAAUAUAUGUUCGCACUGGACGUGGAAAGCUCAAAACAAAGGCUGACAUCUUAGAAGGCACCACAAUCAUUGCUGAACCUAACCUAGCAGAGAAGCUGACAGUGUUCUGUAAAGCUGAAGGAACACCUGCACCUAACAUAACUUGGCGAUGGAAUGAUAGUUAUGAUAUCAAAAAUGGUGUUAAUGGUUGGACCAUUGAUUGCAAUUAUACCGAAAAGACAACAGUAUCUCACUUAACUCGUUCUACUCUAAGCGAGAGAGGGCAUUUGGAAUGCUAUGCCAGCAAUGCAGAGGGAAAUGCUAGCAAAACCAUUGAUAUUCAUAUCCAAGGUCCUGGAAGUCCUCCCUGCAAUAUAACCGUCUCAUCACAAAAGAAUUACAUUAAUAUAACAUGGCUCCCACCAAAACUUCCUAACGGAGACGUCACAAAAUAUUUGAUCUAUGACUCUUUACAUGCUACUGAAGAUCUUAAUGAAUGGCGUAAGAAUGAAGUUGAAGGCAAUCAAACAAACUUUGAUUUGCCUGUUGUUUCACCAUCUGUGAAUCAUUAUAUAAGGCUACAAGCAGUAUCUGUCAAUGGAGCUGGGAUAAUAUCAGAAUCUUUGCAAUGCAUUUCUGAUGAAAAAUAUGUACCGAUAGUUCUCACUUCUGCACCUACCAGCUUAGAAGAUCCGUUUGUGGUUGAGCCCAAAGAGACGAUAGAAAUGAAAUGUUCUGGAACGGGUUCACCUACUCCUAAGCUAUCAUAUUACUGGGAUGACUUAGAAGAGACAGCUAUAAGUGAUGAAUACUUAGAGGUGGAUGGAGAAGAGUUCUCUGGAACGUUUGAAAUGACAACCGUUUCUAAUCGUACAGUUCACUGCCGAGCAUUCAAUAAGUUCGAAACUGUUGAUGCCAACGCAACUGUAGUUGUCAGAAAACCUGGUGAUGCUCCUUCGAAUAUCAAGUGGGAGUUUACAGAGGAAGGCAGACUGUUUAUAGAAUGGGACAAAUGUCUUUAUCCUAAUGGGAAUGUUAGUUAUCAUUUGUAUCUUUCGCAAUCAGACGUGGUUGUUCCUGGUCCUCCAGUUCUAUGGGCUAAGGAUGAGAUUCCUCUGAACGUGCAACUUGUUCUAAAAAUCUCUGCGAUUAACGAGUGGGGAGAAGGAGAGAAGAGUGAAGCCAUCAUAGUCAACACACCAAAUGGCGGACCGCGUGAUUCUCCUAAAAUUGUAUCAGUUGCGUUGGAAGAGAGAAGUGUGAAACUAUCUUGGGCAGCUCCCAGAUUUCCUUUAGGUCCUAUACAGAUGUAUAAGAUACAUUUGUCGAAAAAAGAACAUGAAGAAGAAGCAAAAGUGUUCGAGGUUGAUGGACAUAUUACUGAACACCUCAUUGAAGGAUUGGAAGAAGGUCUGAACUACGAAUUAGCAAUAUCUGCCCGAAAUGAUAUAGCUGAGGGACCGCUAUCAGAGCCAUACCUUCUGUCUACGAUUGUAGCGACGCCUACGAAUAUCUCAGCGAUCCUAAGCAAUGGCUCUCUUUCUAUUCAUUUCCCUGUAAAUCAUAAUUUCAAGGAUUUGAUUAUAUAUAUUCGCAAAGUCGAUGUGACUAUGCCACAAAAAGUUCAAGUGUUCAACGUUAGCUCUUUCGAUAAGACAAUAAGCAUUCCUUGGCCGAAGACUGAGCUUGACUCUAAGUAUUUUAUCAAAGUUGCUGGCUUUGUUGAAGGGGUAGAAACUGAACAUUCCGCGGAAGUUGAGCUGCUCAUUAAGAAAGACGACAAUGAGCUUGCGAAAAAUUCUGAUUUAGCGUCAAAUAGGAAAGUUCCUGUGAAAGAACCUCCGCUAUGA